AUGCCGCGAACGCCAAGUCAACCGAAACCGCGUCCGUCGCCAUCGACGAUGAGAUCCUUCACACCCCAAGGCGAUCCCCCCGGGUCUGCGCGACGUCCUUCUAUCAGCGGGGGUCCACAGUUCCGGGCGACCAUAAGCGGCGGCAUUCCGAGGCCCAACGCUUCGCUCAGGGAAUCUAGGGUACCUAGCUUUCGCAAUAGCACGACCGCCCAGCCGUCCUACAACAUCCUUACCGGCGAAUCCAACAACCCCACGCCCCGCGGCACCAUGGCGCGUCCCAGCUCUCGACAAGGUGGUCCUUCGGGGCCGUCCCCUCCCCGAGGGCGCGCGGCCACUGGCGCGAGUAACUUCAGCCGUGAAAGCAGCAAGGAGAAUCAACCACCCGCCGAUGCCGAGGAAUACGAGACCCAACGAAAACGUAUCGAGGAACUCAAGGCCGAGGUUGGCACAUUGCAAUACAAAAUCAGCAGUUACGAGCAAGAGAAGGAGCUUGCACGGUUACAGACGGAAAACGAGAUGCGCGAUACCAAGCGACGGGCCGAGGACGACUUCAAGGCCAAACAGGCCGCCGAGGCGGAGAAAGGCAAGGCGCAGCGGCAAGUUGAGGCGGUUCAGGAGGAAUUGGAAGAGUUGAGGGCGGAAAAGGAGCAACAAAAACGGGAGCUCGAGGGGAAGGCCAGGGAUGCACUUGAGGAGACCAGGCUGCUUCAAGAGCAAUUAGAGGAACUGAGUGCAGCCAAAGAUGAGGCUGCGCGCAUGGCUGAACGAGAGGCUAUCGACCUCAGGGCGAAGCUUGCCUCAUCGGAACGCACCACGCACGAGUUAGAGGAGGAGAGCAGGACAAGAGAAGAGGUUUUGGAAAAGGCCCAAUCACAAUUGAUGGAAAGAGACGAGACAAUUGGGAGGCUAGAAGCCGAUGUCCUUCGGUUAAAGGCGCAAACCGGCGACGCUGAGACCAUCGCCGUCAUCCGGAGGGAGUUAUCCGACCAGGUCACACACAUCCGCAACCUAGAGGCGAAAAACAGGGAGCAGGUGACGGAGCUGAGACAUCUUCGCCAGAUCCACAAGGCUGUGGAGAUCGUCGAGGAGGAGAAACGCUCGCUCCAGCGGAAGGUAGAGGCAGCUGAGUCGAUUCAGAACGAACUCGACGAGCAACGGAGGCAGAGGCAGAGGCUGGAGGAUGAGAGGCAGUCGUGGGCGGGCUACCUUCGGGGCGCGGGGGGCGCCGAUGGCCAAAACGAGUUCGACUCCCCUGAAGCUGUAGCCAGGGCACUGGUGUCGGAACGUUUGCACUCUGCCUCGCUCGUCGAGCAGCUUGGAGAGCUGCAACCCGAAAUUGCCGACCGCGACAACAUUAUCAAGGCAUUGGAGAGUGAGAAGGGCAGACUUCUAGAUCAGAUCGAGAAGCUGAGGGCAACGGGGGGUUCCGCCGGUGGCAGCGACAAGGCUCGCGCGCGUCUCGACCGACAACGCGCUCUCGCGGUCAAGGAAGUUGAAUAUCUCCGGGCACAACUUAAGACGUUCGACAUGGAGGACAUGACGCUGCAACCGGAGAGCGUGGACCACCAAAAGCUAAAGCGAAUCCAAGAGCUCGAAGACCUCGUCGACAAAUACAAGGCCGAGGUCGCCACCCUGCACGCGGACAUUACCUCCAUUGAGUCCGCCUCGGCGAGCCCAGCCCAGCCCGUGGCUGGGAGCAAACGCUCACGCGAAGCCGACGAGGCCGAGAACGAACAGCUAGGGCAACUCGCGCGCAAAAACCGGAAACUACAAUCCGAGUUAUCCGACGUCCAAAACGCUCAUCGCCUCCUCCAAAAGGAGCACGAGGUCACCGCCUCCCAGCUCGCCUCAGCGCAAGCCCAACUGCAAACACGCAUCCUCUCCCUCCGCUCCAACCCCACCUCGGACCACGAAACCGCCCAAGCGGCCACGCUCGCCGCGCUCAAACUCGAGAACGCCGAGCUGCUCGCACACAUCGAGCGACAGCCCACCCUCUUCGCCACGGUGCCCGCCUCGCAGCUCGCCGCCGCGCAGCGCAGCGUGGCCGAGGCGCGGGCGGAGACGGCGUCGGCGCACAAGUCGGCGCGGCGGCUCAAGGAGGUGUGGGGGGCCAAGUCGGCCGAGUUCAAGGAGGCCGUGUUCAGCACGCUCGGCUGGACCGUCACCUUCAUCCCCGGCGGCAAGAUGCGCGUCGAGAGCGUCUACCACCCCUCGCGCACCGACGAGCACGAGAACAGCAUCGUCUUUGACGGCGAGAAGGGGACCAUGAAGGUGGGCGGGGGUCCGCGCAGCGCGUUUGCGCAGCGCAUCGGGGAUAAUAUCAAGUUUUGGGUGCGCGAGCGCGGGUGUGUGCCGUGUUUCUUGGCGGCGUUGACGUUGGAAUUUUGGGAGGAGCAGACGAGGGCUGGUGGGAGGGUAGAGGGUUCAUAG